AUGAGCAAGUAUUUGGAGAUCCGGCGGUAUCGGUUUGACAGGAGCGGAAUUAUUUUCCUCGCCGGUCUUCAUGAGGACACAAAGGCAGUUGCUCCCAAAAAUAAUCACAUCUUAACUGCUAUUCAAGUCAGUGUUGCUUUGCAGUACUUUGCCAAAGGAUCUUUUCAAACUGUGUUGAGUGACUGUGUAGGAAUCUCUCAGCAGAUGCGGGAGUUCUUCGAGAUAUGCGGACCACAUGGAUUGAAUAGUGUGAACGCCGUAGGAUUUGUGCUGCCCUCUUCCGCUGUUAGGCUGACGGCCGCACAGAAGUAUAUAUUUCACGCCAUCACCCAAUUGUUUGCUAUCGACACGAAAGAGAAGUUCGUGCUGCUUUGCAGCUUCUGCGAUGGGCAGGAACCGGCGGCUAUCAUCGUUGUUAGGAAUGCCAAGCUGCACUACCAGGACUAUCACACCUUCAACAACUCCGCCAUGUUCGCUUGUAGUAGAGAUCCCAUGCAAAAGAUGUUUUGGGAUUUGGGACACAAAAACAACAAGGCUUUCCUGGAAUCUUUGGACAAGAUGGCGCCUGUUUGCCUCGCCAUGACGAAGAAGGUUCUACAUGAUAGACGAACUCUCACUGAGACCCUGAAAAAAUUGCAGGAACAAAUCCCAAGAGCUGCAUCCAACAUAAGUGUUCUUCAAGAAAGAUGCAGACAGCUCACAGAAAUGAGAGAGCAGGUGGCUAAAGUCGUGGAUGUCGCAGAGGAACGAGCGAAGACUCAUCUUGAACAGGAAAGGGCCAUGAACUGCAACGACUGCAAGAAGACCACUUGCGAAUACCCAGCAACGCAUUUAAAGCAAAAAGACAUUAAGUACAGUAAAUGCAUGAUCCGGAACGAACAUAAGAAGAUGAUAUGCCGUAAAUGCGGCUGCUCCUGGAGGAGUCACUGUCUGGAAGCCAAACGGUACGAAGGAAAGUCGGUAUACAGGCAUAAGGGACAAGACAACUCAGUAGAAGUUGCCCAACGAGUUCAGGGAAUAGUAACUCUCGAGAAGGGUGUUAAGGCACUUACCACUGACAUCAAGAAAAACCAAGUGGAGUUGUUCGCCCGGAUCCAGCAGGCGCAUAAGAUCACUGUCCGUCUGAAGGAAAUCGCUCUCAACCCGAAUCCCUUGACCAUGGAGGAAUAUAUAGAAUUCCUGAUCGAAGCUGAAAAAAAGGACGAACAAGAUGGGUUUAAGAAGCGGAUCGAGCACUUGGAGCAAGCGAAGAGGGCAUCGAUUUUAUGCAGGAAGAUCUUAAAUGAGAAUGGCUCGGCUGAAGCCAUUAUGCCUGACGUCAUGACAAUACUGGAGAAAGAAAAUAUUGAUUUCGAGACACUGGACGCCGUGGAAACUCCAGUAGCUACAAUUGACCAACCCACCUCAAAUCUCAACGAGGAGGGCGGUCUUCUCCUUCUCAUAGAUCGUGAGGUCCGGCCUGUUGCAGCCAAUAAUGCGGCCGGCUUGCUUGGAGACACACCACUGCACAUAUUUCCACACCUGGUCGUGCCUAUACAGGUUCUCCCUCAGGGCUACUGCGGGGCAGGCACUGAGGAGGUGGUGAACCGUUUCGGGUGGUCCAUGACAGCAUCUGCAGCGGAUGUUGUCCCGGCAUUCAACAGUCCCUUCUUAAAGCCAGUUACAGCUGACGUCCGAGUCGAUCGAUGGUUUAUCCAUGAUCUUGGGAUGCUGGCCGUGAAGCGGUUUCUCCUUCCAUCGUGCUUCUCUUUGUCCUUGAUCUGCCGUCUUCACAUCCAUCGUGUCCCAGUCGUCAUGGAGAUGGAGUGCGUUUCGGAAGCAGGUGGCAUCUCCCUGGAUGGAAGGAAGAAGGCGACUUGGGAUGGCGGCAAAAUGAAUUGCAAGUACGUCAUGCAUGUGUUUGGUAGCGGGUAUGACGGAAAAAUGAUGCAGGUGUGCCCCAAACACAAACACGACCUGCUGUCACAACUGUACCACGACCUGCACAUACCCGAAAACGUACCCUUUCACAUGGAGGUCUACGACGAAAAAUGGAAGCGGUACGUCGACGUGGACUGGACUCGGCUGCCCGAUGUGGCGACGCUGCGGCUGCGCUUCGGAGGAUCCGAGAAGGCGGUGGACACAGAAAAGGAAAAGAAAAAUGACGAGGCAGAGGAUGAGGAAGAGGAAACGGGAGACGAGGAAGGACGCAGCCAGAGUUCGAGCAAUUCAUGGUCAACUGCUCCGAAUGCAGCUAAAAGCAAGAAAAUUCCGCGAGCCAUUCGAACUGGAAGGGAAAACGCCCCCCGUCCUCGAAUCAGGAAGGAAAUUCCACAACGUCCUCUAAUAAAUAAGGAAUUCCCACACAUUCCUAGAAUAGAGAAGCGGCAGGCUCGUCCCUUCCGGGAGACUACCCUGGCUGAAGAAAUGAAGGGCUUGGCGAAACUGAUCCAGUCUGGGGUCGACGGGAAACCGACCAUUUACGAGCUCUGGAAAUCCGUCGUGGUGGAAAAUAAGGAAAUGGGAAUAGCGAAAUUUGACAUCGGGCCACGGCUGCGGAAGCAGGAUGAGAGGGUUCUCAUGGUCGUGGGGAAGACCGGUGCAGGUAUAGCCAAACUU